AUGCCUCGGUACUACUGUGACUACUGCGAUACCUAUUUGACCCACGACUCUCCAUCUGUUAGAAAGCAGCAUAACUCUGGUUAUAAACACAAGGCUAAUGUGAGGUCUUACUAUCAGCAAUUUGAAGAGCAACAAACCCAAAGUUUAAUUGAUCAGCGGAUCAAAGAACAUCUCGGGCAAGCUGCGGCGUUUCAGCAGGUUGGUGGGGCUUAUAAUCAUCUAAUGGGUCAGAGGCCAAACCUUCCUCCUGUAUUGCCGCCCCCGAGAUUUCCCAUUCCUGGAGGUCAACCAUUAAUGCCAGGGUUCAGACCUCUCAUGCCUAGGCCACUACCUAUUCCUGGGGCACCAGGGUAUCCUCCUGCACCUACCACCAUGCCACAAAUGAUGCCUCCACCUGGUGCCCCCCAGAUACCAGGUCAGUUAAAUACCCUACCUAGGCCCCCUUCAUUAGUUCCCCCACCAGCAGUUCCUGGAAGCACUGUACCACCACCUUCCAAUGGUGCUCCUUCUAUGGCAUCAUCAGCAAUGUAUCAAGCCAGUGCACCGCCACCAUCAUCUGGAGGUUAUGAUAAUCACAAUGCCAAUGCUCAAGCACCUGAGGCCAAUCAAUGA